AUGUAUUCUUCUCUGUCAGGAUGGCAUCAGGGGUACUAUUCCCCACAUUAACAACUCUAUCAGAAUCAGUCUUAUCUGCUGUCAGGAGCAAUUAUAACCACACUUCAUUUCAAAGAGCUCGGACAAGAGGCAGAAAAACUAAACAAUCUUCCCAAAAUACAGGUAAGACAAGUAGAGGUGAACUAACGACGGAACAGAGCAACAGACUAGCUACACUGCUAUUACUACAUGCAGACAAACUUAAAUCAGGUGUUAUUGUUAAUGUAGUGAAGGGAGACGACACCUCACACCUAACUACACUAUCUGGCGAUGUUUUUCUGCUUCCUCUAAGUCAACAGAUAAGAUCUUCUGAUAUUUACAAAGAAUCAUGCGUCAGCAGAGUGGAAUGUCAGAAAAACCCGGCUACAAACAGUUCACAAUCAAAACGAGGUCUUCUCCACCUCCACGCUCCCCGUCUCAUCUGCCCUAAAACAACAUCAUCAUCACAACACCACGUGACGUCAUCACAACCCCACGUGACGUCACAACUUGCUUUUAUCCGGUCACUACACACACGGACCACACUGCGAGGUAGUUCAGCUCGCCCCUUGAGUGCGGGUAAAGUGUUUGAUUCUGAGAUGGGGUUGUUUGCUCAGUCACAGGGAGGGCUGUUGGAGGAUUGUGUUACUACCAGGGCUGCGUAUGAGAGGGAUCCUACCAAGCUGAAUGCUAAAAAGGUACUCAGAAAAGAGCAGAUGUUCUUUAAAAGAUCGCUAGAUAAGCUGUUACCCAAGAUAAAAGUGAAAGCAGAAUCGGACCCCCAGAACGCGCACUUGCAGUCGCUGCAUCUGCUUGCUCUCUACUUGUCGGACAGCAGGAAUUUGGAGCAUAUCUUAGGGAACAGAAAGAUUCCUCUAUCCCCUCUUGCUAUUGGGAUACUUCAGGACGCUCGAGGGUACAGGGACUUGAAGGAACUAAGCAAAGACUCAUCAGAGCUGAGGAACGCCACAAGAAACCUCCAGUUGAUAGCAGACGCGUUCGGAAGAAUAUGUCUAACCCUCUUCACCUGCGUCAUGUUGUACCUUAUAUACAACUCUGUGAAGUCAGCCGGCAGCAAGGGUGGUGCCGGAGGAUUGGGGGGCCUUCUUGGGGAGGACGCUAGUUUUGAGGUAAUGACGCCCGACUUGACUUUUGAGGACGUUGCUGGUAACGAACACGCUCUACAAGAAAUGCAAGAACUUGUCGGUUAUCUCACUAACCCUGCUAAAUACAUCGAGAUGGGAUGUGAGAUCCCUAAAGGAUACUUACUCUGUGGACCUCCCGGUGUUGGAAAGACCCUCAUGGCUAAAGCACUGGCUGGUGAAGCCGGUGUUCCUUUCUACUACUCCUCCGGUUCAGGGUUUGAGGAGAUAUUUGUCGGGGUUGGAGCUGGAAGAGUUAGGAAAAUGUUCGAGCAGGCUCAAGCCAACGCCCCUUCCAUCAUCUUCAUAGAUGAGAUUGAUUCUAUCGGUCAAAAACGAAAGAUUAACGAUCUAGGCUAUUCAAAUCGGGGCACUCUCAAUCAGAUGCUGUCUUGUAUGGAUGGUUUUGAGAAUAAUAACGGGGUUAUAGUAAUAGCAGCUACUAACGAGCCGGACACAUUGGACAGUGCGCUGACCAGGGAGGGACGUUUUGAUACCAAGAUAUCAAUCAGGGUACCCCCAAUCAAGGGACGGCUGGAGAUACUGAAGGUUCACACCAGAAACAAAGUUCUAGCGGAGGAUGUGGAUCUUGAAAAUAUCGCCACGGCGUGUACUCAGAUGACCGGGGCUCAGCUGGCUACCCUGGCUAAUACUGCUGCUUUAAGGACUGUGCUAGAGGGCAGGGAUGCUAUAACUCAGGACGAUUUUGAGUUCGCGCGAGCACGUCUGCUGAUAGGCCACAUAAACGAGGAUAUCGAGGUGUCAGACACCCAAAUGUUGGACACCGCUGCCCACGAGGCUGGACAUGCACUGUUAACUGUACUCAGAGAGGAGAUAACUCAGAGACCUGUUUACAUAACCACUAUUCUUCCGAGAGGACGGUCACUUGGUCAUGUACAACCAGUAUCAAAAAGAGAUCAACACACAGAGAACAUUGCUUCGAUGAUCGCUCAGAUUGAUAUCUGUAUCGCUGGGCGUGUCGGGGAGGAGCUUCAUCAUAAUUUUGUCAAGGGUAAAGUGUCUACUGGGUGUUCUAGUGAUAUGAAAAUGGCAACUUCUUACGCUGAAUUUCUGGUUAAGAAGUGCGGUUACAGCGACAGGAUAGGCCUGAUUAAAGCUAACGAUGGUGAUAAGAGUGACCUUACCGAGAAGGUUGUCCAUGAAGAGAUAAAGAAAUUAUUCGACGAUCGAUACCAGAUCGUAAAAUCAGACAUGAUGAAACACAAAAAAGAGUGGAAAGCGCUCACAGACAUCCUCUACCGAUACAAGACCUUGACAGGGGGAGAAGUAAAGAGGAUUGUUAAUGGUGGAGUCCCUGAAAGAGAACCUGGUGAUUUACUGCCAUCAUCUUGAUGAUAAUAUUUGUUAUAGGCCCAAUUUUGUGGUUUUAGACUUGGCAUUAUUAGAGUUGCUGGAAUUCUGGACUGUUGCUUGAGGAGAUUUUUAAGUUAUUAUGGCGGGUGAAGAAAUGUAAAAUUGAUUUCUCAGCGCAAAAGUGUUUAAAAUUAGGGUAACGUAAUUGCGCCUCAAAUGUUUCUAAUUUGAAAUUUUGUGGUGACCCAAAGUUUCUAUGAGAAUUGUGGCCAGGAUAUUGUGAUUAGGAUUUUAUUCAGCUUUUUUUAUAACCUCCGUACCCUUUAAAUUAAUUGAGUUAAUAAGUUAAAUAUCAUGCUACUAUUUAAAAAUCCCGAUGAAUAUAGAAAGUAUUUUUGAAUUACAUAAAGAUGAUGUUCUGGCAAUGUACUUAUUUUAUUUAUACAAGGGCAAAAUGAGUGAAAAAUUUGUCAGAGAAACGACAUCCGCUUAUGGCUGAUUAUAUUAUAUAAUCUUUUGUCUUUAGGCUUGAUUUAAGCUGGGCAGUCAAAUAGUAAAGCUUAGAUUAGGAUCAUGAUCCACGGUGUCAUGUAGGUUACGGUAGUUUUCGACAUCUUUUAGAUUAUCUGCGCUCACGAGUUCGCAUCAACUUUGUCAUCUGUGGGAUGUGCGCCGAUUUCUCGCAGCGACACUGCCCCCAGAGAUUGUCUGCCGACAUCCUCGCACGUAAAAUUCACUUAUGUGAAAUCGCAUAUUGUCAACUUACCUGGGGACCCCACUCCCCAGCCUAUAAUGUUCAUAAACAUAAUAAUUCAGCGGAAUGACCGGCUGAGCGCGACCAGUAAAUUGUCAACAAAUCGCCCAUUGUGCAUGAAUUUGAAUGCUGAUUAAUAUAAUCGGAAAAACUGUUUUCAACUAAAAAUAGCUUGUCCAUAAUUUAAGUGUCUCUCUCGCUCUUCAUCGAGAUAAAUCCGGCAUUAGU